GGCGGGCCCGGCCAGCCCCGGGAGGCCCCGGCACGGGACGAGGCCGCGGCGGCGGCUCUGCGGGGCCGGGCCAUGGAGAGCCCCGGCGGCAGCGGCUCCCUGCGGGGCGACAUCAGUUUCUGGGCGGCGCGGACGCCGGUGCACGAGGCCGCGCGCCGCGGGGAGGCCGCGCAGCUGCAGCGGCUGAUCGAGAGCGGCGCCUGCGUCAACGCCGUCACCUACGACUCCAUCACGCCCCUGCACGAGGCCAGCCUGCGGGGACAGGCCCAGUGCGUCAAACUGCUGCUGGACGCGGGGGCCCAGGUGGACGCGCGGAACAUCGACGGCAGCACGCCGCUGUGCGACGCGGCCGCCUCGGGCAGCCUCGAGUGCGUGCGGGUGCUGCUGUCGCACGGCGCCAAGGUCAACCCGCCGCUGUUCACCGCCUCGCCGCUGCACGAGGCCUGCAUGAACGGCAGCCCGGAGUGCGUGCAGCUCCUGAUCGAGGUGGGCGCCAACCUGGAGGCGCACGACUGCCACUUCGGGACGCCCCUGCACGUGGCCUGCGCCCGCGAGCACCUGGACUGCGCCAAGCUGCUCCUCCAGGCUGGAGCCAACGUCAACGCGGCCAAGCUGCACGAGACGGCGCUGCACCACGCGGCCAAGGUGAGGAACGCGGACCUGGUGGAGCUGCUGGUGGAGUUCGGGGGCAACAUCUACGCCCGGGACAACCGGGGCAAGAAACCCUCGGAUUACACCUGGAGCAGCAGCCCCGCCGCCAAGUGCUUCGAGUUCUAUGAGAAGACCCCGCUGAGCCUGGCCCAGCUGUGCCGGCUCGCCGUGCGCCGCGCCGCCGGCCAGCGCGGCCUGGCCAAGAUCUCCCAGCUGCAGAUCCCGCCCCGGCUCAUCCAGUACCUCUCCUACAACUGACAGAGCCAGGAAAGCUGCAAUUCCCGGGAAAAGCCCCGGCAUCGGGGCCGUUCUCCUCCUCUUCUACCUCCCCCCAAAGCCCGGUUAAUUUAAUUUCAGGCACUGCUGUAAAUAGGAUUUGUCGGGAACUCCUCUUUGCCGGGAGUUUUCUUGGAGUUUCCCAGGUGGAAUUUUAGCCCCUCCCAGGUGGCAUUCCCUGAUUUUCCUGGAUUUCCCCUGUGGGAUCCAGCCAGGGGGGAGAGAAAUGGCAUAACUGUGGAGUGGGAAUCAUUCCAGCUGGGAAUUCCGUGCUCUGGAGCAGCUCUGAUCCCGUCUUGAUCCCAUUUUCCCUGCACAGACCCCUCUGAUCCCGUUUCUGAUCCCAAUUUUCCCAUUUUGAUCCCGUGUUUCCCUGCAGGGACCCCUCUGAUCCCAUUUCUGAUCCCGUUUUUCCCAUUUUGAUCCCGUUUUUCCCUGCAGGGACCAUCCAUCCCCUUUUGGAUGAUCCAGCCUGCAAUGACCCAGGACCCCUUUCCCUGCUGGCUGCAGGGGGACUGGGAGGGAAAAUCCCUGGAUUUCCAAAUCCUGGGAUGUGGGUGGGAUCCCACCCUCGGGAAUAACUCCAGUGACAGCUGCGCGCCCUGCUGGGGGCAAAUGAAUUCCCUGUUCAUUAAUUAAUUCAUUCAUUCAUUAAUUGAUUCCCUAAAUUAACGAUUCCCUAGAUGUAUUCCCUAACUGAAUUCCCUAACUGAGCCAGCUCAGGGCUCCUUGGAGGCACCACAGCUCGUUCCUUUAGGGAAUUUUCAGGGUUUUCCAGGAGCAUCCAGAGGCUUUGGAUCAACACCAGGAAUGAGGAGAGGCCAGGCUGGGAUUGGCUGUGUCCCGUUCCCAGUCCCAUUUCCAUUCCCAAUCCAAGUCCCAUUCCAAUUCCCAUUCCCAAUCCCAUUUCCAUUCCCAAUCCCAUUCCCAAUCCCAUUCCCAUCCCAUUCCUUUCCCAUUCCCAAUCCCAUUUCCAUUCCCAUUCCCCCAUUCCCAGUCCCAUUCCCACAUCCCAGGACAUUCCCUGAUCCCAGAUUUAGUUUCCCCCUCCCUGGGGAUCCUGUGGAAUACAACAGGACUGGAAAUUUGGGAAUUUUGGGAUUGAUUCUCCCCCUUUGGAGCUCUUUCCCCAAUGCCAUUUUGGGAUUGGGAUUCCAGGGAUUGGGUUUGGGAUUCCAGGCCUGAAUCCCAGCUGGAAUUCCUGGAAUUCCUUGGGCACCUGGGCCUUUGUCCUUGGAUGUCUGAGCUGGGAUUCUCCUCCCCCUUCCAGGUUUUCCUUUUUUCCCAAUAAUCCUGGAAAAUCCCAGAGUUUCCCCACAAGAGCAAAUUCCUCCCAAAAUCCCGGGAUCCACUCGGGAUCCAGGCUGGGAAUGCUGAGCUGGAGCUGAAUGCACUUUAUGGGGUUUGGGUUUAAUUUUCAUUUUAUUUCUUCCUCCCUUCCCCUUUUAUCCCGAAAAUCCCAAACCCCGCUGCUCUCAUCCCAACUUUGGGGCUGGGAUUCCCAGAAAUGUGAAAUUGUGGAAGCUCAGGGAAGCCCCAGAGGGGUUUUUGUGGGAUUCAUCCCUGGGAAUGGCAGGAAAAAGGUUUUGUGGGACAAUUUAGGGAUCCCAAAUCCCUUUUCAGGAUCCCAAGUCCCUGUUUAGGAUUCCCAAAUCCCUUUUCAGGAUCCCAAAUCCCUUUUCAGGAUUCCCAAAUCCCUUUUCAGGAUCCCAAAUCCCUUUUUAGGUGAUUUUUCCAACCCUUCCCAUGCUGGUGCAGUAAUGGAAUUAUCAAAUCCAAGUUUCCCUUGGAAAAGCAAAAAGAUUCCUUGGAGAGCCAACAAGAAAUUCCCCCAAUCCCGUGGAUUCCAUCUUCAUUUUCCCUGGUUUUGGAUCCCAAAGUUUGGGGGUUUUUAUUGCAAAUCCAUGGGAGGAAUUCCUGCUGCUGGGAUUGGGGAGAGCCUCAGGCACCAUCCUGGAAUUCCAGCUUGGAAAACUGGGAAUGGCAUUUGGGCUGUGGCCACUCCUGAGCCAUGAAUUGCUGGGAAUGAUCCCAUUUGUUCCAUUUAUCCCAUUGUUAUUUAUCCCAUUAUUUAUCCCAUUAAUCCCAUUAUUUAUUCCAGUUACCCCAUUAAUUCCAUUUUCCCAUCUAUCCCAUUUAUUCCAAUUCCAAGCCAAUCCCAGUUUCUUUGCUCCCAGCUGGAAUUUUUGGGGAUGUUCCCUGGGUUUUUGGGAGCACCUGGAUCUCCUCUGGAUCAAGGUUUGGGAUGAAAACCUCGGAGAAUCCGAGGAGCCAAAUCCCUCUUGGAUCACAGGGCCUGGGGGGUCUUUCCUUUGGGAUUUGUAGGAUUUGGGGAUUUCUGGGAAUGCCAGAAGCAGCUGAGUCCCUGGAAUAAUGGGAAUAAACUCCUGGACUGUU